AUGACAAAUAAGAUCACCAGGGUCAGGACGGGGUGUUGGACUUGUAAGAAAAGACACAGAAAGUGUGAUGAGACUAAACCUAUUUGUAAAAAUUGUUCAAAUACAAAUAGACAUUGUGAGGGGUAUGAUUUGAGGGUCUCGUUUGAUAUAUUCCAACAUGGUGAAGGUAAGUCGUUCAAAAAGGGGAAAAAUAAAAUUUCUAAGGUGAAAAGUGGAACCAAUAAACCUGAGACUCAUCAUCAUCAUCAUCAUCAUCGUCUGCUGCUGCUGCUGCUGCUGCUGCCGCUGCUGCUCCUGCGUCAGUUGAGUGUGAGUCCGCUGCUUGCUAUUGACGAGAUAUCUACUGAGCCAGUCACAUCGAGCACCAAUUUAAAUCGGUUUAGUAGCGAUUUAUUCGAGGAUUUGCAAACUUUAUUAUCAGCGAGUCUUGAUCAAAUGCCGCAAUCCUCUAACAAUUUCAAUUUUGAAACAGGAGACAUUCCUUUAUCAACUCUGGAUAUCGAUACUUUUAAUUUUGAUUCCCAAAUCAUUAAUUUCAUUGAUAAGUCAAAGAUCUUUGAUGAAAACUAUAAAGAACUAUUAAAUAGCCCCAAACCACUUGAUGAUGAAGAAAAAUCCACUGCCGCGGCACCACCUGAUUCUGCUUCAUUGUUCUCCAUGAGCCACCAAGAAGAAAAUAUGAUGUUGAAGCAUUUUUUCAAAAAAUUGUUGCCUCUACUUGAUGGCCAUCCGAAAUCGCCUUGGCCCGAUUUGGCGUUAAAAUAUUGUGAUUUUGAUAUUGCUAGAAGCUGUUUCAUUUCAUUGGCAUGUAUACACAUGUAUGAGAGUAGAACAGGAGGAAACGAAUACUACCAAAAGGGACUUGCACAUAUCAACAACACUAUGGAUCAUUUGAUACGUUAUAUACGAGAAAAUGCAUACAAAAUGAACUCGCAAUCGCCUCAUGCAACAACUUCAACAACAACAACAACAACAACAACAAAGGAAAGUGAUGACAUUAGUAAGAAACACAUUAGUUAUUUUGUCAUAAUGGUAUUAAUGAAUGUGCAUAUCCUAUUUGCUGUUGUCGAAAAGGGGAAAAGCUCAAUGUCAAGGGAUUUUUUCAAGGUGUUUGCUGAAAUUUGCAAAGACAAGGUGUUUUUCAAUGAGAUGUUGAUGCCCAAUGUCAAACAGAGGUCUUUGCUUAUUGUGUUGAGUUGGUAUGAUACUGUGAGUGCAAUAGUAUCACCCGAUUGUCGAAAACCCUACUGUUUGCCCCUGUGGUACGGUACCGUGUCCGAUGCUAUAUCUUCAUCCAAAAUGAUGGGCUGUCCCGGUGAGAUCUUUGUAGCAAUGUCGGAAGUUUGUUGCUUGCGAAAUAAAAAAUAUUACAAGGUAUUAAAUACGGAGGAGAAAUUUCGAUCUUACAACCGAAUAAAAUACGCAUUGAUGAACUACCGUGAUUACGUCCCUAUUAACGAUGAUGAGAGCAACGAAGAUUACUCAAACAGAAUGAAAUGUGCACUAUGUUGGGCUACAGCUGUAUGGAUUACUUUGAACAACGUGUGUGAGCCAGUCGACCAUUUAGCCACCAAUAGCAAACUAGUCAAGGAGUUUAUUGACAUUUAUGGACAAAUGGAUUUUAAAUCGGCCAUCCUAGCACAAAUGGUUUGGCCGGUUUAUGCUGUUGGCUGUGAAUGCAAAACCGAAUUUGAAAGAAGUCAUUUGAUGAAAUUUAUUAAUACCCUAUACGAGAAUACAAAAAUGGGAACAAUUUUUUCCUUAAAAGAGAUUGUUUUGAAAGUUUGGGAAAAGAAUAUCACUCAAGAGGAAUAUCUAACUCAAUGUACUGCGCCAACUCAAGCAGAUGUAAAAGUUUACCAAGCUUUCCAAAAAGAAUACCCAGCAUUCACAAGAUGGUUUAACCACAUUGCUUCUUUUACCGAUGAAUUUGCUGAAUUGCCUGCUGCUGCUGCUAAGGAAGAAGCCACCGCUGAAGCUGCUGAAGAAGACGAGGAUGAUGUUGAUUUAUUCGGCUCAGACGAUGAAGAAGUUGACGAAGAAGCUGAGAAAUUGAAACAACAAAGAUUAGCCGAAUAUGCUGCUAAGAAAGCUGCAAAGGGUCCAAAACCAGCUGCCAAAUCUAUUGUCACUUUAGAUGUCAAACCAUGGGAUGACGAAACUGACUUGCAAGAAUUAUUGGACAAUGUGAAAAACAUUAAAAUGGAAGGUUUGACUUGGGGAGCUCACCAAUUCAUCCCAGUUGGUUUUGGUAUUAAGAAAUUGCAAAUCAACUUGGUUGUUGAAGAUGCUUUGGUUUCAUUGGAUGAGUUACAAGCUGCUGUUGAAGAAGACGAAGACCACGUCCAAUCAACCGAUAUUGCUGCUAUGCAAAAAUUGUAA